AUGUCGCUGAACAAGGCGACGGGCGGUCUCGCCGGUACAGCCGCCAGGGGUGUUUCUACGACAGCCGGCACCGUCAAACAGCCCAAACAACAAAUCGACCAGACAACCAGCUCGCUGACCGGCGUCUCGCUUCCCGGAGAAUUUCCAGACGACAAGAAAAAUGCUCGGUCUCAAGAUGACGAAAUGCCCGAUGUCUCGUUCUCCUUCUCGGGGCUGGCCCAGUCGCUCAUGGACAAGUUCGAGAGCUAUGUAAAGGGCUUAAUCACACGAUUCUUCCCGGUGCAUCGGCGAGAGGCAGUUUAUAAGAAGGCCAUGUCAAGGCCCAUGGCUGCUACAUUUAUCAUCUGCCAGUUGAUAUGCUGUGGCGUGCCGCUUCUCGUGUUUCUAGCCGGUGUGCUCUUGUUCGCGGCGGUGGCCACCCUUCUCUGGGCUCUGCUCUCGUUGCUGGUUCUCGGCCCCGUACUGCUGGUGACAGGAUCGAUGGGUAUAAUGUUUUGGGGGUGGGGUUGGGCGUUUUAUUCGUUUGUGAAGUGGGUCGAUGAGAAGUUCCUUGGUGGGAUUAUCACGAACUUUUUGAUGCCAUUGUCUGCUGCCGCGGAGGAGAAGGACGAACCGGAGCAAGAUGUCCCCAAGCAUGAUUGA